CCAGGGGGAGGAGAUGCGAGGAGCUGCCGGGGGCGAUGGAGCCACAGCUACAGCAACAGAAGUUUCUCACCUUGGAAUGCGAGGGCCGCUCCUGCAUCUCCAGCACACCUCCAGCUCCGCGCGAGAGGAGCGCCCCAGGCUACCUUCCCCACCUCUGCACCCUGCGGCCUGCUAGCGAGGGGACGGCGGCUGAGAGCCCCUGCCACUGCUGGCCUACUUUUUAUACUGUCUGCAGAGAGAUAGAGGGCGAGCGACAACUUGGUGCUGGGGAACUGACCUCUGGCCUGGCGGGCCCCUGGGUGGGGAGAGCACAGGAGGAGUGGCCGGGGCUGGGGGACUCCAUGCGGGGGCCAUGGACAGAGCGGCGCUCCUGGGACUGUCCCGCCUGUGUGCGCUGUGGGCAGCCCUGCUCGCGCUGUUCCCCUGCGGAGCCCAAGGAAACUGGAUGUGGUUGGGCAUCGCCCCCUUCGGGGUUCCGGAGAAGCUGGGCUGCGCCAACUUGCCGCUGAACAGCCGCCAGAAGGAGCUGUGCAAGAGGAAACCAUACCUGCUGCAGGGCAUCGGCGAGGGCGCCCGGCUGGGCAUUCAGGAGUGCAGGAACCAGUUCCGACACGAGAGAUGGAACUGCCUGGUCGCCGCCGCCGCCGCCGCCCCGCCGGUCACCAAGCCCCUCUUUGGCUACGAGCUGAGCAGCGGCACCAAGGAAACAGCAUUUAUUUAUGCCGUGAUGGCUGCAGGCCUUGUGCAUUCUGUGACCAGGUCAUGCAGUGCAGGCAACAUGACGGAAUGUUCCUGUGACACCACCUUGCAGAAUGGUGGCUCAGCGAGUGAAGGCUGGCACUGGGGGGGCUGCUCCGAUGAUGUCCAGUAUGGCAUGUGGUUCAGCAGAAAGUUUCUAGAUUUUCCCAUCAGAAACACCACAGGAAAAGAAAGCAAAGUAAUGUUAGCAAUGAACCUACAUAACAAUGAAGCUGGAAGACAGGCAGUUGCCAAGUUGAUGUCAGUAGACUGCCGCUGCCACGGAGUUUCCGGCUCCUGUGCUGUGAAAACAUGCUGGAAAACUAUGUCUUCUUUUGAAAAGACAGGCCAUUUGUUGAAAGAUAAAUAUGAAAACAGUGUCCAAAUCUCGGACAAAAUAAAGAAGAAAAUGCGCAGGAAAGAGAAAGAUCAGAGGAAAAUGCCGAUUCGCAAGGAUGAUCUGCUCUACAUUAAUAAAUCCCCCAAUUACUGCGUAGAGGAUAAGAAACUAGGCAUCCCAGGGACCCGAGGCAGAGAAUGCAACCGAACGUCCGAGGGCGCUGGUGGCUGCAACCUCCUCUGCUGUGGCCGUGGCUACAACACCCACGUGGUCAGGCACGUGGAGAGGUGCGAGUGCAAGUUUAUCUGGUGCUGCUAUGUUCGCUGCAGGAGGUGUGAAAGCAUGACUGACGUCCACACUUGCAAGUAACCACGCCGGCCGGCACUGGAAAACACUCCUCAGUGACGGACCACAGGACUGCUCCCCUGAGGGUGCCUCUCACUGUGCAGGGCUGGUGAAGUUGACUCCUGCCUCGGAAUUCUCAGAUCUGUGGGCCUCUCUAAGAGUUCCCUUUACCUGAUCGACGUCCAGUCACUCAGCGAGCAUGUGGAUUUCUUGAGAUUCUAAAGUUGGAAAGGUCUGGGUUCAUCUUUUGGUGGUUUGGGAAUAUAUAGCGAUAUGCAAGUAAGAUACCCGUCUCCUAAGCAAGAAAGAAUAAGCAAGCGCCUUCCUGCUGGGAGACCUGGUCCACACUUAGGAUAUAAUCCUUGACUAUGGAAUUCAAUAGUGGUAGGUGAACAUCAGUUAUUACCACUUAUUCUUAAACAUGAAUCUCAUUUAUUUUCUCAGUAUUUUAGAUGAAGAAAUCAUACAAAUUGUGCAUAGAAACAGAUGUUGAGAACAGAAGAGGUGAGUGCUUACUUACCUUUCAUGCAUUUCAAAAGGGCAAUUAAAAAGAAAAUUCAUAACUGAUACAAUAUCUCUAAAAAGGGGGUUGGUUAGAGGUGUUCAUGACAAAAUGGAAGAAUCAAAAUGUAAAAACUAAAAUGUAUGAGAUUUUAAGUGCCUUAAACCAGGAGAACUUAUCUAGAAAAAUUUCAAUCUUUGAUCUUUGGCUUUAUACUUUAAUCAUAGACCAGUUUCCACUAUUAAAAAGCUCUUGAGUAAUGGGAGAGGAAGUGAUCCUAAAAGCAUGUGGGAAAAUUAAUGGUAAAAAUAUAAAGGGCUCUCAUACAUUGUAAGGAAAAACCCCUUUUAAAUAUGUAAAGACAGUAUUUUGUAUAGUAUUUUGCUGAUAAAAAAGUUUUAUAUUUUGUAAAUACACUAUUUAAGUUAUAUGAUAUAUAUUAAAACUUAAGAUAUUUAUUGCCAAAGCCCAAAAGCUAAGGCAAUAAAAUUAUCUCCAAAAUAAGAUUAACUUGUUUCUUUUCAUGCUAUUAAUUCUGAUUUUUUUUUCCGACGGUGAAAAGGAAGUUAAUUGAGCAGUUAGUUACAGGAUGUGUAUUUCUUGCAAAAUGACAGUUUUACAUGUUAUAGAUUAAAAUAUGCUGCAAAAUACUGAGAAUUGUGUUAUUUCAACAGAUUAAAUUGUUUUUAAUUAGUUAAUAUGCUUAACUUCUAAGGUUAUUAUAAUAAAUUAUCUAGCAAAAGUCUUAACUGGAAAAAAGAAUCUAAAUCAGAAUAAUGAUCAAUUUGUGGAUCUAAGCUCCUGGAUAUUUAUUUUGUGUAAUGCUGCAUUUCCGUUUGAAUGUUGAAUGAUCUUUCAACCAUUUUAGUACUUCACCUGUUUUAGUGUUCAUACACAUAUAGUCAUCCUAUUUUACAAGGUUUCUUUUGAAAAUUAUAGGGCUAUAUUAAGCUUGUAUUUUCAUGCAAAAGCUUAAUGUUUUUUAUGAAUUGUUAAAUAUAUCAGUAUUACAUAGAAAAAAAUUAAGUUCAGAAUGGACAAAGAAAAAAAGCUUUUUCUCAUAAUAUGCCAAAGAAAUGUUUCUUGGCACCCCAGGUCCCAUUUUGUUUCCUGUCCAUUUUAUUUACCAAGGCAGAGCAAUAAUUUGUGAAAAAGAGCAAACCCAUGUUUAACCUGGAAUUUAAUAUUAGGUCUGAGGCAUUUAACGGUGACCCUUAAAAUUUAACAAAAUUAUUAUUUACUAAGGGAGAGCCUCAGCAGUGACAAAUGAACACAGGUUGUGCUUAUUUAAAAGCAUGGUUUACUAUUCUUUAGCAUCCUGCAAGAGAGAUACUUAUCCUCAUGCCCUUUUUUUUCUCAAAAUAAAUCUUUUUAUUUGCAUUGAAAAUAAGCACUCUUUUUUGAAAAGAUGAAGAAUAGUUUGCAUUAAUAGCCAAUUACUUCUAUUGACUAGAGAACUUUCCGUAAUUCCCUCACCUUCCAAUUUUGAGAAUCAGGUAGCCUCUAAUUCACAAAUACCUGAUUACUCGUCAGCCAUCAGCCAUUGCUUAAAAACAGUGAUGCCAACUCACCUAGCCUCUCUGGGUUGCCUGAGCAGGACUUCUAACUCCCAACCUUUGUCUUUGGGUUCUUCUUUUCCUUUUCUUCCCUGGCAUUACCAUGGAAGUCAUCCUUGAACUUCUCACCUCACCUGUUUAACUGGCUUGCAACUGGCCUUGGCUCUUUUCCUCCCUGUCACGGUAGAGGUAGCACCAUGGUGCUUCUGGGAACAAAAGUUCUGGAGCCCAAAUUUUCCUAUUCAGUCGAAGCUGCUUUUGCCUGCAUUAUUUGGGCUUUUAUGUUGCAAGCAAUAGAAAUUGCAAACUCAGGAGUUUCAACCUUUUUGUAAAAUUUGGUACAGCCUGCUAGAGGCAAUGGCAAGAGGCAGUGAUGACUGUCUUGAAAUGCAGUCCAUAAAAAUAUCAAAUGGCACCUCUGGAGAAGGAAAGUGGCUAAAGUGUUUCCCUGAUAGAGCUUUCCACAACAUUAGAAACACUUUGAUAUGUUUGAAUAUAAACAACUGCGUUCUUUCUUCAUGAUCUGGAUGAUACUUGUGUUUUUAAGAAACUAUGAUAGUUAUAUUAAGAAUAAGAAUGGAAUUUAAUUAUGUAAGUUUGGUACUAUGAUACUAUGUGUUUCUGUAGCUUUGUAACCAUGUGAUAUUUACAGUAAAUAUUUUAGAAACACACUCUACUUCUCUGAACUCCUGUCAGUACUGAUAUAUUGGGUUUUUCUUAGUUAAAAAUGUGAAACCAGAAAAGCUUUCCAUCAAAAUAUUUAUUUCUAGCCAAUUUGGUGAGCUGCUGUUCUUUUUCGUAUCAUCUCUCAAAGGCCACCAAAGACCGAGGAGUUAAACCAACCAUUGGGAGACAGCCAGUUAUCCAAAAUACUAUCAGCCACUUGGGCUGACUUGAAGGAAGAAAAAUUCAAAUCAUAUCUCCAAGAACCAUGAAAACAAUCCCAUAAGGAAAGCUGGCUAAGAUGCCUUCAUUUAAAAAAAAAUUCAGUCUCCCUAUAGACCAGAUGUGCUGUCAUAACAUGUCUUGGAGUAGGAUGAUGAGGUAAGUCGUAAGGACCAGUGCAUGUGACAUGGCGUGAAAGGGACACUGGUGCACCAGGGACUCAUUUCCUUUGAAAGACAAAAAAAUGUUAACAAACACUUAGAUAGCACUUACCUAAACCAGGGAUUGUUCUAAAUCAUAUAAAUUAAUCAGAGUUGAGGCCCUUCGCCACCACAUCGUAUCAUAUCAUAUUGCCUCUCACAGCACCAAAAUUGUCAAUACAUUGACUUUACAGUAUACAAUUUAGUGAGUUUGGGGGGCUUUGUAAAUAUGAUGAAAAUGACAGGAUGUCCGUUCAUGGUUUGGUUAUAUAAACUUGGUUGAAGGAGGAGUGAAGUGAGGAGAGAACAGAGACCUUAGAAUUUGCCAUGAGAUAUAAUUAAAGUACACUGCCUCUUGAUGUCUAAGCUCAAAGUGACUCAAAGUGCCUGCUACUUCAGAUCCCAAUGCGGCCAACCGUUUUGGAUUAUGCAAGGGCCUAACAAUCAUUCCAAAAGGAAAUGACUAGGGGUAAAGAUCAAGCUAAUUUAGUGCGACAUUAAACAAAUACUUACAUCUUUUAUAUGGUAGUGCUUAUAGCCAGUUGUUACAUAAGGUGUCAUUUUUAAUAGAGGGACAAAAUUUGCUGUUGGUAAUGAUUUACAUUCACAUCCAAAGAGAAACCACCAGAGGUGGUCUGCAGAAUUAAAGCCUCUUGACAGAAAACCAUGAUGGAAAAGCAGCCUCCCCUACUGGUUGUAAAGGGAAAGUAAUAAUAAAUGUGGACUAUGUCAACACAAGUUAAGGUUUCAUAUAUGACUUU